AUGAGUCUAUUCGAUGAUCUCCCUGAGCCAAGUGUGGAAAGCAAUGAUCUACAGAAACCUGAAAUAUUGGGAGGAGACUCCAGUUGGGAUGAGUCGGAAUCUGUUGUUAAACUUACUCCAUAUCUUUGUUCUGUUGUCGCCAGAAAAGGUGAGAGACCGGAAAUGCAGGAUUCCCAUAUUGUGGUCGACAACUUGGUAGAGCUAAUGUAUCGAGGAGUCUCCAAUGAAAUAGCUAGAGUGUGCUAUUUCGCUAUUUUCGAUGGACAUGGAGGAGCUAAAGCAGCUAAUUUUGCUUGCAAGCGUUUACAUCAACAUAUAGCCAUGCGAUUUCCUCGAGGUGGGAUGCAACAGGUAGAAAAGGAUAUUAAGCGUGUGUUAUACGACUCUUAUAAGAAAACAGAUGAGGAAUUUUUGAGAGAGGCUUGCCAGCAGCGCCCUCACUGGAGAGAUGGUAGUACAUCAGCAACAAUCCUAUUGGUCAAUAACACACUAUACAUUGCAAAUCUUGGUGACUCUAAAGUUGUCCUAGCCAGAUUGGUUGAGUCCCCAUCUGAAUCUAAUAACGUUGAUGUCAAUAGUAGCAAUACUUUAAGUAAUCCAAAAUUGAGUGCAAUCUGUUUAACGAAAGAUCACAACCCCAUGGAUUAUGAAGAACGGCAGCGUAUUCAAGCCACCGGAGCUUCUGUUCAAAAUGGUCGUGUUAAUAAUGUCCUAGAAGUUAGUCGGUCAUUUGGUGACUAUCAAUUUAAGAAACAAGGUGUUACUUGUAUCCCGGACGUGAAAAAGUGUCAGCUAACGGAUAAUGAUCAAUUCCUGUUAAUAGCUUGUGAUGGUCUGUGGAAAAGUUUCCCUCCGAAUGAAGCUGUUCAUCUCACUCAUGAACUUUUGAUGCAAGAGAUUAAAAAGUAUGAAAAUGAACACAGGGAAUCACAAAAUGGUCAAUGUACUGAUUAUUCUCAGAUUUUGUGUCAACGGCACCUGGACUCAGUGUGCACGCAUUUGGUUAGUGAAGCUGUUCUUCACGAGAAAUUAUGUGUUUCUGAUUGUUCUGUAAUCGAAUUCAACACACAUCCUGUUCGUGAAGUCACUGUUGAAGAAUUUAUUUCGUAUUGGACUGAUAAAGCUCAAGGAAAAGAUGAUCGCAUUCUAUAUUUGAAAGAUUGGCAUUACUUUAAAAAGAGUUCAGAAAACAGUUGGUUCACGUUACCUGAAUAUUUUUCUUCUGAUUGGUUAAAUGAAUUUUGGAGCCUACGAAAUGAUCUCUCUGAUGAUUUCAAAUUUUUAUAUUUAGGGAGUCGUGGAACGUGGACACCUUUACACGCUGAUGUGUACCGUUCUUUCAGUUGGUCUGCCAAUAUACUUGGCCACAAGCGUUGGUGGAUUUUUCCUCCUGGUGAAGAAAGAAAGCUCUUAUCAUCCAACGGACAAAUUCCUUUUGAUAUACGCUCCAUUAUAAAAGACAGGACAGAUGUGAAGUAUUAUUUAGUCGACCAAUAUUCUGGACAAGUGGUUUUUGUACCUUCUGGAUGGUAUCAUCAGGUUAUAAAUAUGACUGAUUGUAUAUCCAUAAACCAUAAUUGGUUCAAUGCUACAAAUGUAAGUCAUGUUUGGGAUCAUUUACAAGAUCAAUUGAAAGCUGUUGAAGUGUCAACUAAAGACGUAUCUUCUAUUCCUGGAUGGAAUGAAGAGUGUCAGACUUGUCUACGAGCAUACGCAGGAAUAAAUUUCGAAGAGUUCUUUUCAAUGUUGAAGUAUAUUUUAAUAACUCGUUGGCCAAGAAGUAGUUCUAAUGAUGACGAUGGUGUUAGUUCAUUUCUGAAAAAGUGCAAAUCCAUGCAGUAUACAUCAUUGGACGUGCUCAAUAAUGCUAUGGAUUAUGAACUAACUAGUUUGAUUGAAACAAAUUUAAAAAUAUUUCAAACUGCUUUAAAAAAUCCUCUCCUUUGGAGAAAGUAUUACACAACAGACGUUAAGACAUCUACUUGGAUACGUAUGCAUGAUUUUUGUAUGGUAAUACAAAUUAUCAAGGAAUUUGUUCAUCAUGAAACUGUUAAUACUCUACAUCUUUGUAAUGGUGUUUUACAAUCAUUUUGGAGUAGUCUUUAA